CCAGCCCAGUUCACCUCACCACACCUUCGCGCGGACGAUAAAGAAAAGGGAACUCGUCGCGUUUCCAACGAAACCAGCCGACCGACGCCGACGCGGCCACGUCCACACCAAAAGCAAAAGGAGAGGCCAUGGCGGCCACGAGCUCCGCCUGCGGGGCGCUCGCAUCCCUCCCCUUCGCCGCCUCCACCUCCGCUUCUCCCCGCGUCUCGGGCAGCGGCCACCGGGGUCCACGGCGCUUCAGGGCCGGCACCGUCAGAUGUUCCAGCGCGUCGCCCAACGUGUCCCAGGGCGCGCCGGCGCCGGCGCUGCCCAAGCCGCAAAUCGAGCUCGAGUUCGUCGGGCCGAAGCCCGGCGCCGACGGCUCCUUCCCGGUGGACCGGGCGGAGGCGGCCAGCGGCGAGAAGCUCCUCCGUGACAUCAUGAACGAGAACAAGAUCGAGCUCUACGCUGCAUACGGUAAAGUGAUGAACUGCGGUGGCGGCGGAAGCUGCGGCACUUGCAUCGUCGAGAUAAUUGAUGGAAAGGAGCUCCUGAAUGAAAGGACGAACACCGAGAAUCGGUACCUGAAGAAGAAACCAGACUCAUGGAGGCUAGCUUGUCAGACUAUUGUAGGCAACAAAGAGAACUCCGGCAAGGUUGUGGUACAACGGCUGCCCCAGUGGAAGAAAUGAUUGUGCAGCACCAGACUGGUGGAUGUACUGAUACUCUGAUAAAUCAUCCAGUUGUAUGUAUGUGACUAAAAUGCAUGUACUGUGCAACAGAGAAGAGAAAGAAUCGCCUCAUCAUAUCGCUUGUGACCAGUUCUCUUCUGAUAGUAGUUUGCAAGUUUGGGCAUCGGCCCCCAGAAUAUAGCUGUACAUUUGCCAAGAUAUUUCACAAAUGGUAUAUGGAGGCCAGAGACUGUGUACAUGUUGCUAGUCUUUACGAUACAAAAACAAGAAAGCAAGGCAUUACAAUUUUCAGUCCUUCAAAA